CGGUUAGGAACUUUUAUACUUACAGUAGGAUUCCUUUCUGCAAUGGGUCUUUCGGGCCCCAAGACGAAGCAGAGGAUCCCUAAAGACCCUCGAAAUCUGAACUGGUCUCAAGAUGCUUUGAGGUUCGGUCAUACCUAUCUUGCCAAACUAGGGUGGAGUUCUGGCCUUGGUCUUGGUGCCAAUAAGGAUGGCCGAGUUUCUCACGUUUCCGUGGCACAAAAGCGUGACAAUCUCGGUGUUGGCGCAGGACGCGAUGACGAUAUUGCAUGGAAGCAGCAAAACGAUUUCGAGGCCAUGCUCGCCCGUCUAAAUAGCUCUGCAUCAGGCACCACUGACGACAGCGGGAACAACCAUCCCUCUGGAACGCCCUCGGAGGCGCAAGACUCCAAUGAAGGAAUCAGUCUACUUCCAACCUGUGGUCCCGCGAAAGAUGAGUCCGGAGUGGUCGUAGAGGCUGAGACUUCGAGACCUAUCGCUCCAGCACCCCGGAGAUUCGCUCAUCAUCGCAAGCGCAUGCUCGAAGCAAAGAACAUCUCGAAAAAAUCAGCAUCUGAACUCGCACAAGUUCUAGGCAUGCCAUCAUCGUCAGGCGCCACCACUCCCAAUGAUCCACCCCCAAGCAGUCUCACUCCUAUCGCAAAUGACAUCACCACCACUUCAACCGUGAGCAUCUCCGACUACUUCAAGCAAAAAAUGGAGAAGCUUGGACUGAGGGAACGGCGUGCGCCAGUGAACGAUCCUGCUGAAGGAGGCGCAUCUAGUUCUGAGGAUGAGCUGCCUCGCAUUGGACUCGGCCAUAGGAAGAUAAUGGAUCGUAGCACCGAAGAUAUGCCCGUUAACGCACAGGCAUCAAUGAGUAGUCCCAACAAAUCCAAAUCUUCAUCAGGUUCCCUCCCUCCAACCUCUACGAUCAUGGACCCAGCUAUCACGUCCGAAUCGCCAUCGCAAUCUUCUUCUGUUGAGCCAAGUCAAUCCCCACCAGUUGCUGAGCCUAGAGCUCACGAAUUUGAAACACGUUCUGAAAAGAAGAAAAAGGACAAACGGGACAAACGGGACAAGGGCACGAAACGGAGCAAUGACAACAAUGAAACCAGCAGAGAGGCCCAAAACAGGAGUACUGAAGGUGCCUCAACCAGCGUGCAGCUUCCACGAGACUUAGAAAACGGUGCUGCGUUGGAGCCAAAUGGUUCUAGUGGUUCGAUGAAGCGACGCAAGCACGGCGGGGGGAGAGAUGAGAGGCCUGAUGAGGAUGAAGACCGGAGAAUACGAAAAGAGCGAAAGAAGAGGCGGAAGCUAGAGCAAUCGGAUCGCCUUUAAGUAAUUGCACUCGGUCUACAAUUAAAUCAUUUGAACAACACAGCUGUAGAUACACUCCAAUUACAGUCAAUUAAUAUCUCGA